AUGAGUACCUGGAAUUACACAAAUAAGCCUUAUUUCAUCCUAAUGGGUCUGACAGACUCCAAGGAGAUCCAGCUGGUCCUCUCUGUGCUGUUUCUCCUGAUAUACCUGGUCACUGUGCUGGGCAACAUAGGCAUGAUGCUCAUCAUCCAUCUAGAUGCCCAGCUUCACACCCCAAUGUACUUCUUCCUCACCCAUCUGUCAUUCCUUGACCUCAGUUACUCAACUGUCAUCACACCCAAAACUUUAGCAAAUCUGCUGACUUCCACUAAGAACAUUUCCUUCAUGGGCUGCUUCACUCAGAUGUACUUUUUUGUCCUUUUGGCAGCCACUGAGUGUUUCCUUCUGUCGUCCAUGGCCUAUGAUCGGUAUGUAGCUAUCUGUAAUCCUUUACACUAUUCAGUUGUUAUGUCCAACAGAUUCUGCAGUGCCCUCCUCACUGGGUCAUACGUGUUUGGAGCUCUGGAUUCCACUGUCAAUAUGUUAUGCAUGGGCACACUAGAUUUCUGCAACUCCAAUAUCAUCCAUGACUUUUUCUGUGACACGUCCCCACUUAUAGCCCUGUCUUGCAGCAAUACACAUGAUAUUGAAUUCAUUAUAUUCACUUUUGCUGGUUCCACCCUACUCUUGUCCCUUAUCACAAUAUCUGCAUCCUAUGUGUCCAUUCUCUCUACUAUUUCGAAGAUCAAUUCCACUUCAGGAAAACAGAGGGCUUUCUCAACUUGUGCCUCUCACAUCCUGGCAGUCACCAUAUUUUACGGUACCAUGAUCUUUACUCAUUUAAAAUCAAAUAAAUCCUUCUCCUUGGGAAAGGAUGAAGUGGCUUCUGUUUUUUACACUAUUGUGAUCCCCAUGCUGAACCCACUCAUUUAUAGUCUCAGAAACAAGGAAGUGAAAUGUGCUGUUGUUAGAAUUAUAAAGAAAAGAGAGAGAACUCUGGAUAAAUAA